GUGGCGAGCGAUUGUAAGUCAUCGGAUCCACACCGUUUUAUGGCACAUACCAUAUCAAUUACUCGAACUGAAAUUGAUUCAUCGGGUGUAUUGCGUGAAAGAAACCAACCGCCACGUUUUGUAUUCUUUGUUGCCAAAGUAUCAAGUGCACUGACCAAGAAAGUUCUCAAUAGUUCUGUCUCAUCGCUUGUUGUUUUGAUUGUGAUGGUGUUCCUUUUGAGUGCCAAAAUGCGUGAUGUGCUAAUGACAAAACCAUUUGCACUUCCGUUCAACGAAAUUGGUGAUCCGAGUCGUUUGAUUCAGCUUUGUGAUGAUAUUUUCUGUGCUCGAAGCGCAGGUCUAUUCGAUCUGGAACAUGAUCUGUUCGGAAAAUUGGUGUAUAUAUUGCGUUCUUCUGAAGCGCUUAUUCACUACACUGUCUACAGUAUGAAAAGUUUACGAUGA